AUGAAAUAAAAAAAUUAAAAAUAAUUCAAAUUAUAUUAUUUCUAAGAAUAAUUCCAUCAACCAAAUAGCACAUUUGCAAUAGUAAUUGGAUUAGGAGUGGAAUAAAUGGAUAUAAAUAAAUAAAUUGGAAUAAAUUUAUCUUAAUCAUUUAAAAAUGGAGACACAAUGUUAAUGAGAUCUGUUGAUAUUAAUGAUGAAGAAUUAAAAAAUAUAUUACUAGAAUACUUAACUGAUGAAGAAUAAAAAAAAUAUGUUUUUGAAAGAUCAGAAGAAUAUUUUGAUUAAUUCAACAUAUUUAAACAUUUAGUCAAAGAAUAAAUUUAUUUAGCUAUUCUUCCAAGAGGAUAAUUUGUAUUAUAUUAGAAAAAUGAUAAAAUUGAUAAAAUUAGUUUGAAUGAUUCAAUAAAUAUAAUAAGAGAACACUUAUAAUAGUUUAAUGAAUUUGAUUAAACUCAAAAGGAAUUUCAUUUACAUAGAAUAUUAUAUAAUAUGAAAGAAUAAAUAGAUGGGGAAUUACCUUAAAUAUAAUAAGAUAUAAGAAAAAAAGAAUGUAUUUAUAUAAUUAUAAUUAUAAAUAGUUAAGAAUAUGGAGGAAAAAUUGGAAUUUGAAAAUGAAAUGAAAUAAUAUACAGGGAAAAGUUUAUUUAGUAUUCCAACAUUUGAUAAGACAUUAGUUUAUUAUAAUUGGGAUAAUAUGUAAUAACUUCCGUAAAAAUUGUUAUUUUAAUAAUGA